UGUAGGAUGGUUCACCAUAUCGUUUACUGUAAAGCCUCUCAGACACAUGUUUGAAUUGACUUCUCUUCUGUUGUUAUAUUUUGUGACCCACAACAUCCCUCGUGACCAUAUAUACUGUGAUUAUACAACAAACCGUUCCGUGAUCAAAAUGACACGUGUGACACAGAUGUAAGAAUGGAGGUGUCUGAUAGACAAACUAUAGGAAGCAUGCUAGCAUGUUGUGUGUGGACAAGCUGCAGUUUUCUUCUUCUGACUGGUGCAUGGAUGACAGAAGCUGAUGCAUUUGGAGUAGAACUGAAAUGUCCGGACUUGUUUCACAAUGGAGUGAACACUGUUAUCUGCAGAAUCAAUAAAACAGCAAUCAGAGAAGCACAUUGUUUCUCGAAGUACAAAUCGGUAACUUUUGGCUUGACCAUAAAUGACCGCACAACAGUUGCAUGUCUGUCUCAAGAUUAUGAUCCAGAUGCACAGUGCACUCCUCAGUAUGACCCAGGGAGUUGCAGGUGUCAGGAGUCAAAUGGAGAGAUUCUCACCUAUAAAUUUUUUUUCCUGGCUAACAGGACACUGGAUGAAGGGGGACAACUUGAGUGUAAACUCUGCAUUUUGCCAGAAAAGCCUCUGCCUAUUAAUAUUAGUAGGGGCUGUCGAAAUAUCAGCUUUGAUCCACCAGAAGAAGUGUCAUGUGAGGCAGUCUAUACCUUAGGGUCUGUCAACGUGUCCUGUGUCAUUGGCAAAGUCUAUUCCUCGCGUAGAAUUUACAAGUGUCGUCUGUUCCAACGUAAGAAUGAAUCAUCUACCAGCUUGCAGACUGUAGAAAUGGUGACCUCACCGACCAGUCAGAAGACCAUCAAGAGUGAAGUGAAGGUGUCGGGUUCCUGUCAGUUCAGCACAACUCUCUCUCCAGAGGAAGGAUGCUAUGAUCUUUUCGUCUCUGUCUCACCUAGCGGGCGGAACUACUCUGUGAAUUUUACAACCAGUGACUAUUGUACAACUACUGACCAGUCCAGUGUAUCGUCUCAGCAACCUGUCAUGGAGUCAGUGGAGGCAGCUGCUUUCAUAGUGCCUGCAAGUGUUUCUGGUAUCGUCGUCUUAGUCUUGAUCUUAGUCUUGAUCCUUGUCAUCAUUCGCCACGUGACAAGGAAGAAGAGAGAAGGUUAACAAUGUCCCUCCUUUUUGUCUAUUUGCUUUGUUACAAAUUAUAUUCCACACAACCUCAUUGUCUAUUGUUUCUAUGUUUGCCUGCACUUUUGUGUACUGUUGUUGUGUUGGUGCGACAUCAAUACCUGUAAUCGAUGUGUAUGUCAAACAUGGACAACCAUGUGUCGUCUUAUGUACGCCGCCUUUUACAAAGUACCUUACAUACUGAAAUAGUAUUGUGCCUGUAAAAGCAGAGACUUUGUUGUAAUCGCUGUUGUCAAAAUUGUUCAAACUUCAAAAUAGAUAUGCUUGCAUAAUCGCAAAAUGCAAAUUGGUUUGCAAGGAAGCGUCCGUCUCGGAGAAUCUCGCACGCAUGCGCAGUGGUUGCAUCAGGAGAGAAAUCUGAGUUUGAUCCCCAUCGUUGCUUACCUCUUUUGUGAAAGCUUUGUGCUAUUUUAAUUCACAAAUAGCCCACGGGUCACUAGCGAUUAUAACUUGGUAGAAGGCUCCCCAAGAACAGUUUUCACGAGAAAUACGGAACCUUGCCUGCAGUGGGCAGUAAACACAAAGAAAAAACACAUGGGACGACAAAAUUGUGGAUGACUUGAGCACGAUGGGAUUUGAUCAAAGAAAGGUGAGUGUAUGUAAAAUCAUGUAUUGAUAAUAAGUGUGAAAACAAUGUAUUAUAGGCCACUAAUCAAUUUCAAAGCUGAUGAGCAGAUAUUCCUAAGUGCAUUUGAAGAAGAUACAAGCAACUGCAGCUGAUAAACAUCACUAAGGCUGAAAAUUAAUUUCGUUUGUGUUAUCAACAUAUUGCUGGUUAUUUUGUUGAUUCUUCAUGAAAGCAUUUUUAAAUUGAGAAUUAUUGUAUUAUUUAAUUGUGUGCAGGCUGUAGCCUUGGAAAACCUGGCAUCUUUCUAAGAGAAGAAACACAGUGUCUUUAAAACAUAGCUUUUGGACAUCAUGUGUACUGGUUUUAUGUAAAAAUGUGGUCAGAUCAAAAUAUGGUACUAGCAUCACAUUCGCUUGUAAGUGCAACAAAAAUCACCUGCCACUCACAACCCUUUUCCCAGACGGUGCCACUUGGAAACCUUGUACUUGCAGCAGCAGACAUGUUCACUGCUUGCUCUCCCUACAGACUUGCCUCCAGACUAGCAAUGCCUGGUUUACUACCCCUACAUUCUAUUUACCUGUUCCCAGCAGUGGGUAAUGUUUGGAGGAGGUGUCAGGAAAGACUGUGCGGUGUAUUUUUCAGGCCGAACCGUAAAACUUGGAGGCGAUGGACGCUGUGACUCCCUUGGUCCAGGUGCAAAAUAUGACAGCUACACAUUCAUGCAUCAUCAGUUCUUUUAAGUGAGCUAGAGCAGGUACAUAUUGGUCUGAUUCUCUAACCCUUUGUGUUCUAUUUUAAAGAAACUUAAGAUGUAAAACUGAAUUCAGCUGUAAGCUCCAUCUUGUGUUAAAUUACCUUUUGUAUGUUCUUCACAGCGGACAAUGCUAGAAGAAUUAGAAAAACAAGUGUCAUCUACAAGGCAUUGGAAUGCUGUCUCCUGGUGCUCAGACUGCAACCCUUGAGUUAUAUCAUGCUGCUGUGUGUUAGUUUACACCAAAGCUGAAUACUAUUUAUUUGUCUGGUGGAAGUUUUUUUUUAAGAUGGGAGUGUAUCUUACAAAGAUGCUUUCAUACCUCACCUUCACUGGACAUCAGUCUGAUGUGAAACGAUUUUUUAAGGAAAUCAAGAGAUGCUCAUGUGCACAAUUAUAUUCAUAGGAUCAGAAACAAAUUGAAAUGUAGCCCCCAAAAUUCAAAACGUAGUUUCAGAUCCUUGUGUGGCCGUAUUUUUUUACAUUUGAACUUCAAGCUAGAGUACCUAGAUACUAACCUUAGUACUAAAGGAAGUAUGGACUGAU